ACUUCAACUUCUCACUCUCAACUCUCAACCGAAUAUCACGCUCAGAAUUCAGCAAUGUCCGCAACAACCUUGUCAUCUCCGCCAUCUUCUCUCUCCUCACCUCUCCAGGGAAUACGAUCUAAGCUCAUUGUUCGAUCUAAUCUCACUUUCAACUUUCGACAAUCAUCUUUUCCUCAACUUCGCACUUCUGCUAGUAAUCUUCCUUCUUCUCUUCAUGCUGGUGUAAGUACUGAACUUGAUGAUGUUUCGACCUUCAGUGAGAUUGUUCCUGAUACCGUCGUUUUCGACGAUUUCGAAAGGUUUCCUCCAACCGCUGCAACUGUUAGUUCCUCCCUUCUGUUAGGGAUUUUGAGUCUUCCUGAUACGAUUUUUAAGAGUGCAGUCGAUACCGCCCUGGCAGACUCUGAUUGUGCUAGUCUUGGCAAGUCAGAUGGUAGAUUGUCAUGUUUCUAUGACAAGGCCCUAGUGAAUGUUGGUGCUGACUUGGCUAAGCUGGUACCCGGUAGGGUAUCGACAGAAGUGGAUCCCCGUCUAGCUUAUGACACCCAUGGGAUUAUUCACAAGGUGCAUGACCUUUUGAAGCUAUACAAUGAUAUUGAGGUCCCUGCGGAGCGUUUGCUGUUUAAGAUUCCUUCAACAUGGCAGGGGAUAGAGGCUGCAAGGGUGCUGGAAUCUGAGGGCAUACAGACUCACUUGACAUUUGUUUAUAGCUUUGCCCAAGCUUCUGCAGCAGCCCAAGCAGGAGCAUCUGUUAUUCAGAUUUUUGUUGGUCGCAUAAGGGAUUGGGCUCGUAAUCAUUCUGGUGAUACUGAGAUUGAUGCUGCUGUUAAACGAGGAGAAGAUCCUGGGUUGGCACUGAUGACGAAAGCAUACAACUAUAUUCACAAAUAUGGUCACAAAUCAAAGCUAAUGGCAGCAGCAGUUCGCAAUAAGCAGGACCUAUAUAGUCUUCUUGGGGUUGACUACAUAAUAGCACCCCUGAAAGUACUACAGUCACUAAAAGAAUCUAUAAGCUCGCCUGAUGAGAAAUAUGCUAUUAUGAGGAGGCUGUCUCCACAAUCUGCUGCUACCUAUGAGUUCAGCAAAGAUGAGCUUGUAAAGUGGGACCAAAGAACCUUGGCAUCAGCAAUGGGGCCUGCUGCAGUGGAGCUUCUCACUGCUGGGAUUGAUGGUUAUGCUAAUCAAGCAAACAGAGUUGAAGAAUUAUUUGGGAAGAUUUGGCCACCUCCAAAUGUGUGAACAUCUACUGUGCUGACUCACAAGUGACGACCAAUUCUCACUUCCAGAGCAGUAAAAUGAUGCAUUCACCAGACACCACCUUACUGAAUUUAUCGUCUGACCUCCAAAUAUGUAUGCUGCCUCGUUUCCUUUUCUUCUUUGGCAGGGAGAUGGUAUGCGCUCUUGAUUAACUAAUUGUAUCCUUUCUAGACCUGUUGUGACUUGAGUAUUAUACUGAGGGAUUUCUUUCUUUGUGCUUCCGGGAGGGUAGAAUUUAUCGGAUGUCAUUUGACACAAACAAAGAGGACAUAUUGCUUGAUUUCAAUGUUUAUCAUUUGCGUUGAUUUCAAGGUUUGUGUUGGUGGACUCGGGGAACUAUUAUAUGGAUAUCAUAUAUUCUAGUCGGUAAA